AUGACUCACUCCACCACCACCACCAUCUCAUCCCUGCUCUCCUCCACCCCCCUAGACCUCACCCCCUACGAAGUCCUCUACAAACACUUCCACGCGCACCCCGAACUCUCCCGACAGGAGAAACACACCUCAGAAUAUCUCGCCGCGCAUCUCACCCAACUCGGUGUCUUCGACAUCCACACCCACAUCGGCGGGUACGGUCUCGCCGGCGUCUUCCGCAAUGUCAGCAAUAACAACACCAACCAAGAAGAAGGGGAGGAGGCCAAACGCCACCAAACCGUCCUGCUCCGCGCAGACAUGGACGCCCUCCCGGUAAAGGAGCUAACCAACCUGCCCUACGCCAGCACCAUCACCAUGCGCGACACAGAAGGCAACGACCGACCCGUCAUGCACGCCUGCGGCCACGACAUGCACAUGACCUGUCUCCUCGCGGCAGCCAAGACCCUCGUCAAGCUGCGGGACGCAUGGAGCGGGACGCUGAUCGUGCUAUUCCAGCCGGACGAAGAGCGCGGAGGCGGCGCACAAGCCAUGGUCGACGACGGGCUUUACUCGCGCAUCCCGGUGCCGGACGUAGUCCUUGGCCAGCAUGUCAUGCGCAUGCGGGCGGGGAGUGUCGCGUCCCGCGAAGGGGCGAUUAUGGCGGCGGCGGAUAGUAUGAAGAUUACGGUGUUUGGGCGGGGCGGACAUGGGUCGCAGCCGCAUCAGACGGUGGAUCCGGUGUUGCUUGCGGCGCAUAUUGUGGUGAGGUUGCAGAGUAUCGUGAGUCGGGAAAUUAAUCCGGCGGAUUUGGCGGUGGUGACGGUGGGGAGUUUGCAGGCGGGUCAGACGGAGAAUAUCAUUGCGGAUCGGGCGGAGAUUGGGGUGGAUUUUAGGUCUGUGAAAUUGGAGGUUAGAGAGCAGAUUAUUGAGGGCAUUAAGAGGAUUGUGCAGGCCGAGUGUCUGGCUAGUGGGUCGCCGGUGAAGCCGGUGUUUACCCCGACGAGGAGGUUUCCGCCUACGGUUAAUGAUGGGGAUGUGGCUAGGAGGGUUGCGGAGACGUUUGCGGGGCAUUUUCAGGAUUUUGAUCCUGAUGUGGCCAGGACUAAUAUCGCCGAGGACUUUAGUUCCCUUGCUACUUGUCGGGGUAUUCCGAGCUGUUUUUGGUUGCUUGGGGGUGUGGAUCAGGGGGUUUGGGAUAGGGCUGAGAAGGAGGGCAAGGUUGAGGAGAUUCCGGGGAAUCAUUCAGCCCUGUUUGCGCCGGUGGUGCAGCCGACGUUGAGGACGGGGGUUGAUGCCUUGUGUUUGGCUGCGUUGACUUUUUUGGGGAAGUAA